AGAGUUGAGAAAUCAAAAGCUGAACCACAUAUUGCUCGAAAUCAAAAUUCUUUUGAGAACUAUUCGAUGUUUGGGGCGUUACUGUGGGCGUUUCUCCCCCGUAGAAACUCACAAGGCUAUGCUAAUUGUGCCAAGAACGUGAAAUCGCCAGGAAAUCGCUCGCAAAACGCACCUUCUGACGCAAUUAGUCAAAAAUAAAAAAUGCGGAAAACUAUAUGCUGCCUUGCUAACAACAACAACUAUAACUAGUGCCAAAUCGCGCAGUUUUGAAAAUUUCACCAGAACACGCGACUUUUGCCAUCGAAAUGUUGCCAAGGCGGCGGAUGAAUCUACAUGCCAGAAAUCUACAUAUAGCCAAAUCUGAACAGUCGGUCGGUUAGGUGGGUGGGUGGUUGGUCGCCUUCUGCUCUGCCGAUAAUAGGUCUAUAAAGUAGGCGGCUCGGUAAACAAUUUGUGUGCGGGCACAGCACGUGCUAAUUUAUUCAAUAUUUCGGUUAAUUUAUGGGUCCGCUCCACUUACGUAAACUGUGCCCGCUGCGAGUGAGUUUAGCGCCCAGUUGUCAGGGGAUCGUCGGCAGGUGUAGGGCACUCGGCAGUCGUUGCAUCACCGAUCCUCUGGCGUGGCAUUCAUGGCAGUCGCCGGCCCAGAAGUCGCAGCAGCGACAAAAGCAGCAAUCGCUGCUAAAACCGCCUCAAUUGCAACCGCUUCCGCGCGGCUUGCGCGCGAUUCGCUCAAAGUGCGCCGCCUUCGUGGACGGAGCCUCCAUCACCUAUGGAACCGGAAACGAGCUAGAGUCGGGAUCUGGAUCCUCCGGCGCCUGUAAGCCCACACUGCGGGAGUUCAAUGUGCGGCUGGAGGUUCCCCUGGCCGCCGAGGAGCGACUGGGGCUUACCGGCGAUGUGAAAGCCCUCGGCGAGUGGCAGCUGUCCAGGAGUGUGGCUCUGGAAUCGCUGGACGAGCUCAACUGGCAGGCCACGGUGCCCCUACAAUCCUGCCGCCAGCUGGAGUACCGCUACUUUGUCUACGUGGAGGAUCUCUCCGGCUACAAGCAGAUCCGCCGUUGGGAGACCCAUUUCAAGCCCAGGUCCCUGGGACCCUGCACGGAGCUACAGUGCAGCCAGUUGGACGUCUUCGGAAUUACGUCGGACAACUCCGAUCUAAAGCCGCAGGUGCACCGCGGCUGGCUCAACCAUGAGGCCAUUCUGCAGCUCAAGUUCAAUGGCGAGAAGAUGUUCCAAGUCCACGACAUCGAGACCUUUGACCCCCAGCACGUCCAGCUGAAGAUUGUGCCCGUGGAGAAGACCGCUGGCCUGCAUGUGGAGUACUCUAAACAGGAGUACGGCAAGAGCCAGCUGGAGCUGCAGCCCACUUUCGGAGUGCCCUACACCAAGGGCGACAUUGUCAUCUUUCACAUCACGCUGCCGCUGGAGAGGAUGAUGGAGCAGCACUUCCGCUUGGAGUGCUACAGCAUGUCAAACGAACUCCUGGGCAGUGCCACUCUGGUCACCUCAGACCUGACUGGCAGCGAGGGAGUGCUCCACCUGCCGAUAAAGUCGGCCAAGAAUGCAGAUGAGACCCUGGCCAGGCUGAGGCUUCCCUAUGUCGCGGUGCAGCCUUACCGCUACUCGCCGCUAGACUUCAAGAACACCUAUGCUCACUACUGGCCCAAGAGCUGGCCCAACCUGGAUGUGGGUCAUCGUGGAAAUGGCAAGAGUUACAUUGCAGACGCUCCUGCGGAGAGGGAGAACACUAUCGCCUCUUUCCUGAGCGCCCAUGAACAUCAUGCAGACAUGAUCGAGUUGGAUGUCCACUUGACUGCUGACGGUGUGCCUGUGAUUUAUCACGAUUUUGGACUGCGAACUGCUCCGCCUGGCAAGCAGAUCAGCCGCCCAGAUCAGCUGGAGUACGUGCUGAUCAAAGACAUAAACUAUGAGCUGCUCAAGAGGCUGCGCAUCUUCUCUGUGAUCGCAGGACAAGUGAGAGAGUAUCCCUCGCACAACGCCGAGCCCAGGAUGGAACACCGCAUAUUCCCAACGCUGGUGGAGGUACUGGAGAAGCUGCCCAAGUCACUGGGCAUUGAUGUGGAGAUUAAGUGGCCACAGCGUCGCCAAGGCGGAGGAUCAGAGGCUGAGCAAACAAUCGACAAGAACUUCUUUGCCGACAAGGUGCUCCAUCAGGUGAUCCAGAAGGGCUGUGGCAGACCCAUAAUCUUCUCCAGCUUCGAUGCUGACAUGUGCACGAUGCUGAGGUUCAAGCAGAACGUCUUCCCAGUGAUGUUUCUCACGCAGGGAGAGACGAAGAAGUGGCAGCCGUUCCUGGAUCUGCGAACACGCACCUUCAUCGCAGCCGUAAACAAUGCUCAAGCUUUCGAGCUGGCUGGCACAGCUCCACACGCCGAGGACUUCCUGGGUGAAAAUGCCUCGGAAAUGCUGCAAAAAGCCAAGGACCUGGGCCAGAUAGCUGUGAUCUGGGGCGACGAUUGCAACUCCAAGGAGCGGGUGCAGUACUUCACCCGGAUCGGGGCCACCGCCACAUGCUACGAUCGCAGUGAUCUCUUCAUGCCGGAGGGCAAGCGGGAAGCCUUCUUCAAAUCACCCGCACUGAUGGCCGAAUUCGCGGCCCAGUGCCGGAUCUAAGAAAUGGGGUUACUAGGAUGAAACGGGCGGGUACAAUUAAGCUAUGGCUAAUCAUUAGGCUUUUUAAGUUAGCUUGUAUAUUUAUUUAAACACUAACUGGGAAAGAGAAAUGUGGGAAGCUUUAAAGUGGUUGGGUAAUUUGUAGUUUCUCGUUGCCCAACGGAAACAACGAAACGGAGACCCAUAAAUAAAUCAUCUCUAUGCACGUUAAGCCGUCAUUUGGCAAAAUUACACAUGCAAAAAAGGAAUUCCCCCAAAGUUAAGUAGCACCACAAAAGACAAUGGGAAGAAAGCGAAGCGGCGAAUCGAUAAUUACAAAAGUAUAUACACCUACAUUACCUGCUUUAAAUCAAUCUAUCUAUACCUCAAUGCAAAACUUGCGAAAAAGAUGUUGCUAAUAAGCUUUUGCUAUUUAAAUCGAAACAAGAAAAUACUAUUAAAAUGUGGACGAAACAGAUAACCACACAGAUGCUUGUGUAACAUGUGCAAAAACACUUGUUUGUAAAUUAGAAGACAUUUUAUUUAACUGUUGUAAAUCUAAUUUGAUGCGUCUUUCUAAAAUUUUAAAAUUUACGUUUGUUUUCAAAAGUUGUUUAUAAUGUACACAUUUGUGUAAAUCAUUUUUAAGAUUUAAAAAUAAUAGCUUGUAACGACUCCAGGGUAAAUAGAAAUAUUUAAAGAAGUCGCUUACACCUAUGCAAAUCUAAGAAAAAGCAAUAAUAUAUUUUUAUCAAUAUUACAAUCAGUUUUAUGACAAAAACCAAAAGUGAUUGAUUCGUAUGUAAAUAAAAUCACACCAAAUAUUUUCGUAAAAAUUUCAACGCCAA